CGAAACGUCACAAGUGUCAUCAAACGACCUUAAAAUUAACUCGUACAAAUGUUGCUCAAGAAGCAACUAUGAACUUUAUGUCUGUUAUUAAUAACAAUUCUUAUUGUUAAACACCUGAACGUACCUGCGAGUAAAAAUCCGUAAAAGGCGAAAGUAUCUUCGGGGAGUAAUUUCAAAGCAAUGAGAACUGUUAAAACGAUAACCUUCAAGUUCUUAGAUCUCCAAAAAUAGAAAAAAACCAUUACGGACUGUUCUAUUUGUGUACAGAAAAAGAAAAAAUGAAGCUUUUUAUUAAAUUAAAAUAAAUGACCAAUUCUAAGAGGUUUUUGGAUAAUGGCAUCUCUCUGCAAACGUUCUUGGAAGCUGCAGGAGUUUGUGGCCCACAAUGCGAACGUCAACUGCCUGGCAUUGGGGCACAAAUCGGGCCGGGUUAUGGUUACGGGUGGAGAUGAUAAGAAGGUGAACUUAUGGGCUAUCGGCAAGCAAAGCUGUUUCAUGAGCCUCAGCGGGCAUACGACCCCAAUUGAGUGUGUGCAAUUUAACCACGUUGAAGAGCUAGUAUGUGCGGGCUCACGUGCCGGUGCUCUCAAAGUGUGGGACUUGGAGGCGGCAAAGCUGGUCCGCACGCUGACCGGACAUCGCGACAGCAUUAAAUGCGUCGACUUUCAUCCGUACGGUGAUUUUCUAGUGUCGGGCGGAUCGGAUAGUACAAUCAAAUUGUGGGAUAGCCGGAAGAAGGGGUGUAUAUGUACAUUUCCUGGUCAUACAACGACAGUGAAUAGUCUUAAAUUUAGUCCCGACGGGCAGUGGAUCGCGUCCGGCGGUGAGGAUUCUCGAAUAAAAAUUUGGGAUCUGAGGGUCGGACGCGUUUUAAAGGAAUUUACGGAACAUAUGAACUCGGUGACGUGCGUGGAGUUUCAUCCGCACGAGUUUCUACUAGCUAGCGGUAGUACGGAUAGGUCGGUUCAUUUUUUCGAUUUGGAGAACUUCAAUGUGGUGUCUACGGAACGAGAUGUCGGGUCGGUUAGGUGCUUGUGGUUCAAUCCGGACGGCGAAUGUUUGUUUACUGCGGUCAGAGACUAUCUUAAAGUAAUCGGGUGGGAGCCCAAUAGGCUGUAUGAUUCUGUACCCGUGAAUUGGGGAAGGAUUUGUGAUAUUUCGACUGCUCAACAUCAAUUAGUAAGUAUAUGAAUCAAUAAUUUGGUAACUGGCACCAUUCUUAUAUAACCGAAGUGUCGUCCGUUCUCAUUAUUUCAUAACACUCGCACUUUAUAUGCUAAUUAUUCGCAAGCGUGUAAUUUAUGCAUUCAAAAUGAAGAUAUUCUAUUUAUUUCCCGUUUGUCAGAUGUGGGUGGCUGUAGAUUUUUCAGUAAAAAAUUCGCCUACUGAAAUUCCUCACAUGUAGCAAUUAAUCAUAAAAUAUCAAUAAAAUGGAUAAACUUUUAUUGUUAGCUGUUGCAGUACCUAUAAAUUAAUUUGGGCUUUUGCUAUAAAAAUCAAUUUCAGUGCCAAUGACCUCAAACCAAUCCAGGGCCGAGUUUCUUAACAAGCGAGUUAAUAGGGAUUUGUAUAUAAUUAGACCAAAGCAGAAUUUGUCACUCCCAUAUUUUCUUAUUAGAGCGGCAAAAUCUGCAUUGUUACUACAGCACAUCUCACAGACUCCCAACAGGAAACUGCACGAUCAAUUACUCACGCGAGAAAUUUGUUCCCAUCAAUUGUCUUACCUAUUCGAUACAUAAUUACGCAAAUGAAAGUGCAAACAAUUUAAAUUUGUACAAUUUUAGAUAAUCUAAAAACAAAAUGUUUACACUAAUGUGUAUGUAGCAUAUAAGUCAAGAUCAUUAGGUGCUUAAUUGGUAAGAACUGUAUUAGUAAUUCAAAUUAAAGUAACUGAAUUGCUAAUUAAGGAACUCAACGCUCUUGAAUUUAUUGUAGAUUAGAGGUUUCGAUAAGUCAUUACUACUACAGUCCAUUAUUCAUCUUGGAUAUUGCAAAACGACAGGAAAAUAAUUAGCGAGAUCGUUUUAAUUAUAAACGUUCCUUGAUGUUUUACCUUAACCUCCUAAUACAAUUUUUAGAUCUUUGUGUAGGUAAAUUUUUGCUCCUUGAAAGUGAGACAAAAUAAUUGAAAUUAGAGAAACCAAGGAGAAAUCUGUCAUCUAA